GGCCGGAGAGCGGGGAGAGCGGCUAGCGGCGAGCGCCCAGCUCGGCCGCAGGGAGUGCGGGCUGCGGCCAGGAGCGCUGGACGCGCGGCCGCAUACGGAGCCGGGCCAAAAGCGCGAGGCCGCGCCAGGCGACGCCGAGUCCAGUCACCACAGGCUCGGCCAGGCCAGCAUGGUGGACCACUUGCUUCCAGUGGACGAGACCUUCUCGUCACCGAAAUGCCCAGUGGGUUACCUGGGAGAUAGGCUGGCCAGCCGGCAGCCGUACCACAUGUUGCCGUCGCCCAUCUCUGAGGAUGACAGCGAUGUCUCCAGCCCCUGCUCUUGUGCCAGUCCUGACUCGCAAGCCUUCUGUUCCUGCUACAGUGCAGGUUCGGGCCCUGAGGCCCAGGGCAGUAUCUUGGAUUUCCUCCUGUCCCAGGCUACACUGGGCAGUGGUGGUGGCAGUGGAGGCGUCGGAGAUAGCAGUGGCCCUGUGACCUGGGGAUCAUGGAGGAGAGCCUCUGUGCCUGUGAAGGAGGAGCAUUUCUGCUUCCCUGAAUUUCUGUCAGGGGACCCUGAAGACGUCUCCAGGCCAUUCCAGCCUACCCUGGAGGAGAUUGAAGAAUUCUUGGAAGAGAACAUGGAGGCUGAGGUCAAGGAGGCCCCAGAGAAUGGCAGCAGGGACCUAGAGGCCUGUAGCCAGCUCUCAGCUGGGUCACACCGGAGCCACCUCCAUCCAGAGUCUGGUGGGAGAGAGCGCUGUACCCCACCACCAGGUGGCACCAGUGGGGGUGGUACCCAAGGUGCAGGUGAGGGGCCAGCACAUGAUGGCCCCAUGCCGGUGCUACUGCAGAUCCAGCCUGUUGCUGUGAAGCAGGAGGCAGGUGCAGGGCCAGCCUCCCCAGGGCAGGCCCCAGAGAGCGUCAAGGUCACCCAGCUUCUGGUCAACAUCCAGGGACAGACCUUUGCACUCCUGCCUCAAGUGGUACCAUCCUCCAACUUGAACCUGCCCUCAAAGUUCGUGCGAAUUGCGCCUGUGCCCAUUGCCGCCAAACCUAUUGGCUCAGGAUCCCUAGGGCCUGGCCCUGCUGGCCUCCUUGUGGGCCAGAAGUUCCCCAAGAACCCAGCAGCUGAACUUCUCAAAAUGCACAAAUGCACUUUCCCAGGCUGCAGCAAGAUGUACACCAAGAGCAGCCACCUCAAGGCCCACCUGCGCCGGCACACAGGAGAGAAGCCCUUUGCCUGCACCUGGCCGGGCUGCGGCUGGAGGUUUUCCCGCUCAGAUGAGUUGUCACGGCACCGGCGAUCUCACUCAGGAGUGAAGCCGUACCAGUGUCCCGUGUGUGAGAAGAAAUUCGCGCGGAGUGACCACCUCUCCAAACACAUCAAGGUGCAUCGCUUCCCACGAAGCAGCCGUGCAGUGCGUGCCAUCAACUGAGCGCAAUGGCCGCCCUACCUUCCCCCAGCUCCACGUUUUGUUUUUAAAUGCAAUAACUUAUUGCCUCUUUCAGAAGGAUGUGACAAUAUUACCAGCCCCCCUUCUGAAUCUUAGGAGGUAUGACCCAGAGCCACCAUGGCUGCCUUUCCGGGGAGGACCUAGAGUCCCCAAGGUCCCUGGGGGCUGGUUCCCCGGUGGCCCAGGCAGGCCUGUGCCCGUGUGCCUUUGUGCCUUCCUGCCAGCUGGAAGCAGUGUUUGGGGGGUCCUUGCCCUUCUCCCAUUGGGCUCCCUACCUGGGCCAAAGCCAACACUAUUGCUGGGGAAGAAGUAUUUUGACUGUGUCGAAAUAGUAGCUCCCAGAGGAAGCCAUGCUGGGAAAAGGAAGUAGGUCAAAAGCAUAGGGCUGCGCUGUGGUGUGAGGACCGCCAUAUGCAAGGGGCCUUUGAGUGUCCAGGAGAAUGGCCACCCUCGCUCUAGGCCGUAACGCAUGUGCUUAAAUGCAAGACAAAUGGAGCCAUAUCCAUUCGUACCCAGCCUGGCUCACCCUCCUCCAGACACCAGCCCCCUGGUUGCGGUGGGAGGAGAAGGGAACAGGUCUGGUGGAUGCAAAGCAACUAGCUAGCGCCUCCCAGUCUGACUUAGAGUUGCAUUCCUCAUCAGGUCUAGAAAUUAGUAUCAAUUGAACUAGCUUGUUUUGACAGGUCUGUUUCACAUCCUAUGAAUGUAUGUAAAUAAACUGUACAUAGGUACGCAUCUACAUAAAAUAUCUUUUAAUAACACGUUGACAUUUGUGUAAAUUUGAAAUUUAAAAAAUUCUAUAAAGUUGGUGUACAUAUGUUACAAUUAUGUAUAUUUUCUUUGGUCCUUCAUAAAAAAAUAUAUUUACUUUGCCAAUAAAAAGAGAAAAAAAGAACUC